AUGGGCGAAACGAGUACCAUCGUCAGCAGGUCUGUGGAUGGUGGUUCUGGAAGAUGUAUGAGUAUACAGGCCAUGCAAGCCCUUUUUGAGCUGAAAGAAAACAACCAACUGUGCGAUGCCACCAUUGUGCUAGAUGAUGGUGCCGAAAUUCCAGUGCAUAGGGCAAUACUUUGUGCUUGCAGUUCUUAUUUCAGAGCACUCUUCACAACAACUUUACACAACAGGGAGAAGAACAGAGUACAUUUGCCCGGCGUAACCUCAGAAAUGCUACAGAAGCUUCUAGUUUACAUAUAUUUAAGGAAGCUAGAAAUAAACGAUGAUAACGUCUACUCUCUUUUAAUAACAGCGGACUACUUAAGUAUAUUAGGAGUUUUGGAUCUGUGUUGCAAAUUCUUAGAAAAGAACCUGAACCCGAAGACGUGCAUAGGCGUCUUGGUUUUUGCCAGGAAUCAUUUCUGCAGAGAAUUGGCGUCAAACACGUGGAAGUAUAUUAUGAGAAAUUUCGCCCAAAUCGCCACGCACAGCCAUGAAAUCUUAACGCUGUCCUUGCCUGAAAUUCAGGAAAUUAUCAACGCUGACGAUCUGAACGUUAAAAGUGAGGAAAUCGUCUGGGAAACUAUCCUAAGGUGGAUAGACUACGACACUGAAGCAAGAAAAAAGCAUAUUGUCGCUUUAAUGAAGUGUAUCAGGUUGGGCCUCUUGGAUACCCAGUUUUUUCUAGAAAGGGUAAAGGAACAUCCUUACGUGUCUGGGUGCGAAGAGAGUCGUCCGAUGAUAAUCGAGACGCUAAAGUUUUUAUACGAUUUGGAAAUGAUAACCCAUAGAGACGGUGAAGUGGUGACUCCCGAAAUAGCGCGUCCCAGGGUUCCCCACGAGGUCCUUUUCGCCAUCGGCGGCUGGUCCGGCGGAUCGCCCACCAACUUCAUCGAAACCUACGACACGCGGGCCGAUCGCUGGGUUAAAGUCGAGGAGGUCGAUCCCACAGGACCCAGGGCUUACCACGGCACCGCGGUGGUGGGGUUCAAGAUCUACGUCAUCGGAGGAUUCGACGGCAUGGACUACUUCAACUCCUGCAGGUGCUUCGACGCCGUCAAAAAGAAUUGGAAAGAGAUCGCGCCGAUGCACGCCAGAAGGUGCUAUGUCAGCACGGCCGUUCUGGAAGACUUGAUUUACGCCAUGGGAGGCUACGAUGGGCAUCAUAGGCAGAAUACAGCGGAAAAAUAUGAUUAUAAGACAAACCAGUGGUCUCUAAUAGCUCCCAUGAAUAUGCAGAGAUCGGAUGCCAGUGCUUGCAACUUAAAUGGGAAGAUUUACAUAACUGGAGGGUUCAACGGCCAAGAGUGCAUGCAUUCUGCGGAAGUGUACGACCCGGAAAUAAAUCAGUGGUCCCUGAUAAGCCCGAUGAGAUCCAGGAGAUCGGGCGUGUCCUGUAUUGCCUAUCAUGGUCAAGUGUAUGUCAUCGGUGGGUUCAAUGGCAUCUCCCGAAUGUGCAGCGGUGAGAAGUUUAAUCCAAUGACGAACACUUGGGCACCGAUUCCGGACAUGUAUAAUCCGAGGAGUAACUUCGCGAUAGAAGUGAUAGACGACAUGAUCUUUGCCAUUGGAGGAUUUAACGGAGUAACAACCAUAUACCACGUAGAGUGCUAUGACGAGAAGACCAACGAGUGGUAUGAGGCUACAGAUAUGAACAUAUACCGGUCAGCCCUGUCAGCUUGUGUUAUUGAUGGGUUACCGAAUGUUCAGGAUUACAUCCACAAGCACAGGGACCGCCUGAUGGAAGAAAAGCGACAAAAAAUGAUAGCUCUAGAGAAUCAGCGGACAAUGGCUGGGAUGCCUAAUAACGCCAACAACCAGCAGGACAAUAUUGCCGCUGCUGUUAAUGCUAAUAUGCAGCAGCUUAAUAUUCUACAGCAGCUUAACGCAAACCUAAACCCUGCACUGCCUCCAGCGCCCGUUCCAAAUCCCAAUCCGGUGCCCAUGGACGUAGACGAAAACGACGAAGAAAAUGCGCAAUAG